ACCCAGUUGGCUCCAUGGCUGAGCCGGGACUAGAACCCAGAUCCUCUGAGUCCCAGUCCCGUGCUCUUAACCGCUACACCACACUGGCUCUCUUUUCUUGCCCAGCACCUUUUUACCAUGAAUUCUGCAUGGUUAUGAAGAACAGGUUAUUUCCAAAGCAAAGGGAUUAAUGUACCUGUUUGGACAUAAAAACAGCUGUUUUUGCAGACUGUGACAUUUUUGUGUUGUCCUGUCUGUAAUAACUGGAGGAGACAGCAGGCAAGAUGUUAGUAACACUUAAUGGCUUGUUAAUUAUAUUGGUCGCUUUGGGCCCCUGCUAAUCUCAUGUUCUAUUUAAAGAAUGCACAAAUAUGUUUCUGACCCACCCCAACCAAGACAUAUGUUGACAUAUACGUUAGAAACAGGGGCUUUGUACUUGGCUCCUGAAACUGUUUGAAGUAAGCUGAUUAGUGGAGAGAUGUGCUGGCUUUCGUCUUUUCUUUUCUUAAGUAAAUGUUACAUUUUCUCUGAAUUUUCUGUGGCACAUAUAAUAUAUUCUCUUUCACUUCUGGAUUGAUUAAGUACACCAAUAUAAAUAUAUAAUCUGGGGGAAAAUUGAUGUCUGUAAUGGGCAGAAAAGCUGGAAUGUUGGCUGUACACUAUAUGUCUCUAAGUCUCCAACUUUUCUGGGUCAGUUAGCACAUUUGGAAUUUUUGAUAGUACUGUGGGUUCUCUCACAAAAUAGCUGCCAUGUAUGGAACUUACCUACUCAAAAUAUAAGAUGUUUGUAGGGGACGGGAUAGAAAGCUUUUAAAUAAAUAAAUAAAAAUAGCUUCCAUGAUAGUCAUGGCUAGUCAUAAAAUCCUCAUUUAUCAGAACACCAAUUUUAUACAAUACCCAUCUGCAUAGGAUUAGCUGAAUGGGAUGUCCAUUCUGUAUGUGUAGCGCACAUGAACUUUUUUUAAACCUUUACUAUCAUAAAGGUAAUUUCUUCGUGUGGGUGCUGACUGCUAAAUGUAUGGGUUUUGUUUGAUCUUUCUGCUGGGUCCCCACCCCACCCCACCCCAAUUAUAGUAAAAUUGCUUGUGUCUCACUUUGCAGGAUCAGUUUGCAUAUGCCACUUGUCAAAAUAUUAGAAUCCAAGCUUGGAUGGUUGGGCUCCAUACCCUUAGCACCCCACGACAUGCUUGAUACAGUUAAAGUUGACCAAAAUAGUUGUUGAGACAGGUUUAAAAGAAGCACAAAUAACGGAUUUAAGAGUCAACUAUCAGCCUUAGAGCAUCUUGUUUAUAUUUCACUUCACACAUGCAAAUCUGUCACUCAGAGAAAGUCGUUAUGUUUGCAGUAGUGAGUGCGACUCCCUGUUAGAGCUCCUGAACCUUAGACCAUAUCUUGGUGUGUUUUGUGAAUGAGCAGGCUUUCUCAUCUAGUUAAAUUUAAGAAGUGGCUCAACACACAGUCCCUUUCUAUGGAAGUGAAUGGAGAAGCCCUUGCCAGUCUGAGUUCCAUCAAAGAAGGGCAGGAUACAAAGGUAUGAUUACUAAAAUAAAUUUGGGAAGAAAUUCUGAGCUGUUAAGACGAGUGGAAGAUUCCAAAGAAUGUAAUGGAAUGUUGCUUUCUCUCAUAGAGUUAGUUGUGUUGGAAACAUUCUUUUAAAAUGAGGAAUGUGAAAAUGGAUUACACUGUCUCUGUAAAUAAUAGGACCAAAUGUGGCUCUUUGUUGAUUAAUCUUUGUUGGAAUAUGCUCCUUUUGUUUCUCAAAAAUGGGUUCUUAAGCAAUUGCCUUUUGACGUUAUAGGAGGUUUAAAUGACACAAUCUUUACUGGGUUUUGGAAUGUUUGAGGCUUAUAUUAGGAAAUACAGCUUUGAGGUGCCUUCUGGCAUUUCACAAGAAAGGAAAGAAAAAACAUUUCUAACUUGAAAUUGUGAGUUUGCUAAGGCUUGGCAAAAUGAUGGUUUUGUAAAAAUAAACUGGAAAAAGAUCCCAGAUGAGUUUAAUUAGUCUUAAGUUACUAGGAGAUAAUUAGUCUGUCUUAAAAAGGAGAUCUCAUUAAAUUAUGUUUCCAGAAUCUGAAGUUCAUUGAAAUCAUAGUCUGUGAGAAUUAACUAUUUUGGAGGAGUAGCUUGCUUUUAGAGAGAGAGGAUUGGGAGCUCGGGGAUGAGUCAUCUUUGUUUCCUUUUCUCCCUUCUGCCAGAGUGCCUGGCUUUAGAUAAAUUGACACCCGGGUGGUCUAUUUUUCAGAUGGGUAAUUAUAUGGGGAGGAUUUAAAAAUCUUGCCUAUUUAUUUCAAUUUAAGAAAUAAAACUUUUUACUCUAUUAGAUAGAUUUUUCAGUUAAUAUCAACUUCCAGAAGUCUUGGAAUUGGGGAGAGGGAAUCUCAUUCCUCUAAGAAAAUACAGACACAGAUUCUUUUGCCCUUUGUCUGCACGGGGGAAGGGGAUUGUAUUAGGGCGCAGACAGUCUUUUAUUGAUUUCCAUCUAAUCAGUACAGGGCUGGAAUUGAUAUGGUCUGUAUUAUUACAUUGAUGGACAAGCUCUUCACUUUUUUAGUGUUGCACUUUUAACUAGGAUUUUCUUUAGUGAUCCUAAAGCACACCAUGGACCUGUGUUGAUCUACUCUUGUAAUAUUGUGAAAGUUGUUAACUGGUAGAUUGAUUCUAGUGUUAGUAGGAAAGGGUUUCUUGCCUUAUCCUGCUGCUGGAAGUGCGAUAUGUACCUUCAGCUGUACUUGAACUGGCCCGUGAGUAUCAACAGAGGAAUUUAAAUGUGAAUAUCAACAGAGGAAUUUAAAUGUGAGUAUCAACAGAGGAAUUUAAAUCGUAUCAUACAGCAAAAUGAGCGCUUUUCUGUGUGGUUCCUGGCAUUUGGAAAGUCCAUAAAGGGAAGGAAGCUUCCUCUGAGUAGGACAUGAUGAGUAUGAGAGAUAUGGUUUGCUAUUGCUCAACAGAGUGAGUGAUGUCUAGCUGACUUUCUUGGAAGGAAGGACGGACGGACGGACGGACGGACUCUGAGUGGUAUGCCAUUUUAUUCACUUAUUUAUUUAAAGUAUUGUUAAUUCUCCUCCUCAGCUAGAAGAAGGCUCCUGGAGCAGCUUAAAAUCAAUCAACAAAAAGAGAGUCACAUGCCAAAGAAGCAUAAGAGAGAGGGGAACCUCAAAUCAUGUGUGAACUGUGAAGGCAAUUUUAUUGGUUCAGAAACAGUGCUGAAGGUUUUUGAGCACUACAAGACUGCUUAAACCCAAUAUGACAAGAGAGAGCUAGAACCUUCUGUAAUGGAAGAUGGAUGACAGAGGUGCUCGAGUUGCUGACUACUUCGUUGUGGCAGGACUGACUGAUAUUUCAAAACCACUAGAGGAAGAAAUCCACUUCAAUGAUGCUUGUCACAAACUUGCAAAACCAAAAGAACCCAUCACAGACGUGGCAGUCAUAAUAAAAUCUCUGGGGGAGGAAGUGCCCCAUGGAUACAAAAGCAUCGAUGUAACUCCAUCAGGACUGUCAGCCGAUCUCAACAAUGGCAGCCUUGUGGGGCCACAGAUUUACCUGUGCUACAGGAGAGGAAGGGAUAAGCCCCCACUUACUGAUCUAGGGGUUUUAUAUGACGGAAAAGAGAGAUUAAAGCAGGGCUGUAAAAUCAUUCAAGCCACUCCAUACGGUCACCCUGCAAAUAUCAGCGGUGGAGCCUCAUCGCAAAAAGUGUACAUCACGUACCGAAGAGCCCAGGAGAACUUGACACAGAAUAUGUUGGCUGUCACAGACAUAUGUAUAAUUAUACCAAGUAAGGGAGAAACCCCACCCCAUACAUUCUGCAAGGUUGACAAGAAUCUGAACAACAGUAUGUGGGGAUCAGCAGUAUACUUGUGUUAUAAGAAGUCUGUGGCAAAAACAAACACCAUAUCGUAUAAAGCUGGUUUAAUAUGUAGAUAUCCAGAAGAAGAUUAUGAUUCGUUUCCCUUACCAGAAUCGGUACCACUUUUUUGUCUCCCAAUGGGUGCAACAAUUGAAUGCUGGCCAUCUAAUAGCAAAUACCCUCUCCCAGUAUUUUCUACAUUCGUACUAACAGGAGCUUCAGCAGAAAAGGUUUAUGGUGCUGCUAUUCAGUUCUAUGAAACAUAUUCUGAGGAAAAUCUCACAGAAAAGCAGAAAUCUCAGCUGGGUUUUGUGGCUACUCCUGAUGGAGAAUUCACUAGCUCCAAAACAGUCCAGACUAAUAAAUGCAUUUGCUUGCUUUCUCAUUGGCCAUUCUUUGAUGUUUUCAAGAAAUUUCUUACCUUUCUGUAUCGUUAUUCCAUCUCUGGUCCACAUGUUCUGCCCAUUGAAAAGCACAUUUCCCAUUUUAUGCAUAAAGUUCCUUUUCCGUCCCCACAGAGGCCAAGAAUUUUGGUCCAGCUAUCCCCACAUGACAGUCUGAUUCUCAGUCAGCCUGUAUCAUCGCCUUUGCCACUGAGUGGUGGCAAGUUUACUGCCCUUCUGCAGAACCUUGGGCCUGAAAAUGCGGUAACCCUCCUUGUAUUUGCAGUGACUGAGCAUAAAAUCCUUAUCCAUUCUUUACGGCCUUCUGUGCUUACCAGUGUAACAGAAGCACUUGUCUCUAUGAUAUUUCCUUUCCACUGGCCGUGCCCGUACAUUCCUCUCUGCCCCUUGGCCCUGGCAGAUGUUUUGAGCGCACCAUGUCCAUUCAUAGUAGGAAUCGAUUCAAGAUACUUUGACCUUUAUGACCCUCCACCAGAUGUUAGCUGCGUUGACCUAGAUACAAACACAAUUUCACAACCUGGAGAUAAGAGAAAUGUUGCAUGGAAGAUCUUGCCAAAGAAACCAUGCAAGACCCUGAUGAGCACUUUAAAUAACCUCUAUCAACAGCUGGCAGAAUUGCAACAAAGACCAAGAGAUGAUGCAUUAAUGGAGCUUGCUAUGAAUGAUUAUGAUUUUCAUUCAGGAUCAAAACUGCACCUGUUAGAUGUGGAAAUCCAGGAGGCAUUUCUCUGUUUCAUGGCCUCUAUAUUAAAAGGUUACAGGUCAUAUCUGAGACCUAUUACCCAGGCACCUUCAGAAACAGCAACAGAUGCAAGUUCUCUCUUUGAACUACAAGGUAAAAGAAUCAGGCUCUUAAACUUUCCUCCAAGUUGUAGCAUGGUAGAUACAGAUAAGGCUGGUGAUACGCGGAUUAUAGAGCUUGAUGAAUCUUACAAGAGUGAGCAUACUGUUUUCAUAACUCCCCCAGAGAUCCCUCACUUACCAAAUGGAGAAGAGCUCCCGUCACAGUACAGCUACAGUGGAUUUCCUGUGUUGAGGCAAGAUUUGUUUGAGCAGCCUGAAGGACUUCUGACAAUACAGAACAGCAAAUUGUUUUCAAAAGUCAGCAGUCCAAACAGCCCAUUGCCAAUGUUCAGGAGAACAAAGCAGGAAAUCAAGUCAGCCCAUAAAAUAGCCAAGAGGUACUCCUCCAUUCCCCAGAUGUGGUCCAGAUGCUUGCUACGCCACUGCUAUGGCCUGUGGUUCAUCUGCCUUCCUGCCUACGUCAAAGUGUGUCAUUCCAAAGUGCGGGCUUUGAGAACAGCCUAUGACGUCCUCCGAAAAAUGCACGCAAAAAAGAUCGAGCCACCCGAUGAGGUGUGCUACCGGGUACUGAUGCAGUUAUGUGGACAAUAUGGACAACCUGUGUUAGCUGUGAGAGUCCUUUUCGAAAUGAAAAAAGCUGGAGUCGAUCCCAAUGCCAUUACAUAUGGUUAUUAUAAUAAGGCUGUUUUGGAAAGCACCUGGCCUUCAAGCAAUCGAAGCGGCUAUUUUCUCUGGACAAAGAUAAGAAAUGUCAUCUUAGGAAUAGCCCAGUUUAAAAGAGUUCUAAGAAAGCAACCUGCAAAUGGCAUCCAUCAAACUCUUUCCGGGGAACAUUCAGAUCUCUUAUAUAGGCUGUCUAAAGAAGCAAUUAUGCAAGGAAAAGCAACUGUCCAGAAGGAUGGUGAAAAAAAGGAAGAGAAAAAAGAGAGUGACUCCAGUUCUUUAUCCGAGAUAGAGAGUGGAAAGGGAAGUGGGGAAUGUCUUCCUGCACUGAAUUAUCAAAAUUCCAGUAAUGAUAAGACUGCUUCAAGGAUUGUUCGUAUUAGUGAUGCAAUUGGAAAAAUAGCAGAUAUACCAGGAGAUAUGAGUACAGAAAGCUCUGCGGGAUUGCUAUUUUCCUGUUUUGAGGAUAUCAACAAAACAAAAAUUACUAAAGUUGAAAACAGAAGCAUGCAUUUAAAUGCAACUGAAAUAGAGCACAAACGAAUAGGUUGGAGAAACAGGAACCGAAAUCUCAGUGGAGAUGCUCUGAUUGAGCUCAUGAAAAAUCAAAUUAACCAUGAAGUGAAUCCUGAAGAAAUUGUUCAGAAACUAGGAGUGGAUGCAAAAAUCCUUUCCAAAGUAUUUGAGAAGAGAAUAAGGCCCAAAACACUCAACAUCAGGCAGUCUUUAGGAGCCAGUAAGAGAGGGAACCUAGAGAAAGAAUCCAGUGAUGAGGAGGUGUCCUAUGAGAACAAUUUUGUGGACAAAACAGAGUCUCCAGUUAUAUUUGAUUUGGAAGAUUUGGAUAAUGAACCUGCCUCAGUAAAAACCGUGGCGCCAUUGCAUAAAAAACCAAAGAGGAUCCAGCGUGCCAUCAGUUUUCCAGUAAAAGCAGUUGAGAAAACUGGGGUUGAAACAGGAUUCGAUCCACUUUCUCUGCUGGCUGCUGAGACAGAACAACAGAAAGAAGAGGAGGAUGAAGAUGAUGACAAAAGUGCCUCUACCCCAUCCGCAAAGCGAGAUUUAGCUGAAGAAAUAGAGAUGUACAUGAACAAUAUGAAUAGUCCCUUGACAAGCCGCACACCAAGCAUAGAUCUACAAAAAGCCUACAAUGACAAGAACGCCAAUAAAAAGAGUCCAACUUUGGCCCAGCCAUGCCGGAGAGCGAGCCUUCCUCCAAACUCGCCCAGGCCAACCAGCCUUACCAAAUCCAAGAGCUGUUACGUGAGAAAUGAGGAAAAAGUAAGGGACAGGCUUUGGUCGUCCCCAGUGUUCUCCCCAAGCAACCUGUCAAGGCAAUCUCAGGACACGGCUGGCACAGGAACGCUCGCUUCCCCAACUUCCUUCAACUUAGACACCCUAUUAACACCUACUUUUGAUGUUCUCAAAAGCAGCAUGUUUUCUGCGGGAAAAGGGGUUGCAGAAAAGGCCAGCAGAUGGUACUCAAAAUUUGCUACAUAUGCAGCGUCAUCAAAGGAUCCCAGCUCAGACCGAGCAAGCGUUUCCUCGCUUGGGGCCCUCGAUUCAGAAUCUGCCUCUCUAACAGAUGAAGAAAUCUGCAAUGAUUUUGAAAGUAACUCUUCUCCUCAAGAGAACUCCUCCUCUCUGCUAAAAGGAAUUGGAAUGAGCAGGACAAGUCUUGAGAGUUCAACUUCCAACAAUGGCUCUGCAAAGCGCUUCUCUCAGAGUGGCUCCCUUUCAAAGUUUCCUUUGCCUGACAGAUCAGAGCUGGUAUCCUCUUGCAGUACAAGCAGCACAAGUGUGUUCCAGAAUUAUGCCCUGGAGGUCCUCAUCUCAAGUUGUUCACAAUGUCGAACUUGUGACUGUCUGGUGCAUGAUGAAGAGAUCAUGGCAGGCUGGACUGCAGAUGCUUCCAACCUUAACACCACAUGCCCUUUCUGUGGGAAUCUAUUCUUGCCUUCCUUGAACAUCGAAAUCCGAGAUCUCCGGGGCCCUGGAAGGUAUUUUUUGAAGUCCAGUCUAUCUUCAGAGAACAUGCAGCUUCCAUCAUCAUUUUCAAACCAUUCAGGAAAAUCUUGCACCUGUGAUCGUACUUCAGGAUUCACUGCACCUAUAACAGCUCCUCAAGAUGAAAGCAGCAAGUCAAAGCAGACCAAUCCUACCUGUGCCAGAAGCAUUCAGAUUCCUUCUGGGAGAAGACAGAAUCCUGCCAGGACCGGACACACCAGCCAUCCCCUGUCCAGAAGCAUCAGCUCGUACAGUUCCCUGGAGGCGGAGGAAAUGGAGAACCGCGAGCACAGCCAUACGGUUCCCACAGGAAGCUUGCCGGCCACGUUGCAGGGGACAGCUGAUUCUCUGGGACUAGAAUGGCGUUUACCCAGUCCAGAGCCCAUAACUGUUCCUUAUCUGAGUCCUCUUGUUGUGUGGAAGGAGCUCGAAAGUUUAUUAGAAAAUGAAGGUGAUCAUGCAAUAACAGUGGCAGACUUUGUGGAUCACCAUCCCAUUGUGUUCUGGAAUCUAGUGUGGUAUUUCCGACGCCUGGACUUACCCAGUAACUUACCAGGAUUAAUACUAUCCUCUGAGCACUGCAAUAAGAAUUCAAAGAUUCCCAGAAAUUGCAUCUUGGAGGACAGCAAGUAUGUUCUGAUUCAGAUGUUGUGGGAUAAUAUGAAGUUGCAUAAAGAUCCGGGGCAACCUCUCUAUAUUCUGUGGAAUGCACAGACUCAGAGGUACCCAGUGGUUCGCUUGCUGCAGAAGGAUGGCCUGUCCUUUAACCAGGAGGUCUUAAGAAGCAUGGUGAAGAGCAUUAAGAUGAAUGAUGUCUAUGGACCCAUGAGUCAAAUCCUAGAGAGGCUGAACAAAUGCCCACAGAUUAAAAGGCAAAGGAGUCUUUAUAGAGAGAUACUCUUUCUCUCUCUCGUUGCUCUUGGAAGAGAUAACAUUGAUAUAGAUGCUUUCGACAGAGAAUACAAAAUGGCUUAUGAUCGCCUUACAGCAAGUCAGGUCAAAAGUACCCACAAUUGUGAUAGGCCUCCAAGUACAGGAGUCAUGGAAUGUCGGAAGAUUUUUGGGGAGCCAUAUCUUUAAGAAGAAAUACUACCUGAAUUGCUGCAGAAUUCUAAUGUAAAGUACUAAGACAUCAGAAGGACGUUUGCCGUUCUCCGUUAAAACAGCAUCUUCAACUUGUUUGUUUUAAGCAGAAUUUCCUGGGGGGAAAUGGUACCAGAAUGCCUGAUGAGCAGUGGGCCAAAGACGGAUCCCUUCACCUUGGUGUGGCAUAAAUAAGCUGGAAUGGUCCCCUGCAGAAAGUUUAGACAAAAUCGGACCAAAAUCAUGCACUGACAUGAAAUAAGCUUUUCAAAACUGUUUACAGAAAAUGUUAAAAAUGUUACAGAAUGCGUACCAGAGUUGUAUAACAGAUUUUAAAUUAUUUAUAAUAAGUUCGUAUUUUUUUAAAUUUUUAAAUUACUAUACUGAACUAAGUAAUCUUGUUGCAUAAGCAAUACUUUUGCCCUUCCUAGAACAUUGCUGUUUAUAGCAGCUGGCCUUUUACGCAGAAAAGGCCUUUUUCCUUUUUAAAAACUAGUAUAGACAUGUCACUAGUUUCCUAGGUCACCGUGUGAGUUGUCACUAUUUCAGGUUCCAAAAGCGUUUACAGUUCCAUGGUAAAUUGUAGCUGAGAGGUAUUUGCAAACUUGUAUGCAAUUUUUAUAGCAGACAUGCACCUGUCACUUUUAAGAAAUGUGGACAGGGAUUUUUCUGAUUCUCUGUCACACAUCACUGGACCUGGCAAGGCAUUCUGUGUGGAAGGCAGUGCUGACCGCUAGGAGCCACGAUUGAAAGAGCUGCAUGAGGUGCACCCCUGGACUUGGACAUGCCCAGCGGGACUUUAGACCAUUAUCCCUUGAAAUAGGAACCCCCGUACCAAAUCACACGCCCCUGUGGUUUGGUCGUGUGUCCCCUUUCACAGGGCAUGUGGAAUCAGCAGUGUGGUUCUUUGGUUCACAGCCAAAGAAUUACCUAUAUAAACUGGAGGCAUAACAGCAUAAUAGGUGGACUGAAACAUUCCAAAAUGGAAUUUAUCAUACAGGAUAAAAAAUUGGAGGGGAUGACUAAUAUUUCUAUAUACCUAGGAAGAUAUGCACUCUACUUUCAAAUACGAUGUAUAUUAAAUUAUUUAAGAUGAAUUUGUGUUUGCUAAUAUCCAAGUUGCAUGGCAACUUUUUACCUUGUGUUGUGCAACUUGGCAUUGCUGCUGCUUUUAAACUGCCGUUGCUUAUUUAUAGCCUCACUGCUUUUUUUUUUAAGUUAGGAGCUGGAGAACAGUAUUGUGCUUUCUCUAAUUUGCACAUCCAUUUAGUGUUACUUAUUUGCAAAAGCCACUGCCGGCUUGAUCACCUAAUACUUCCCAGCUUAGUGGCAGGUUCUAUCAGGUGAGAGUGUGCUAAUAAUCAAGGGAUUUAACUUAUGCCUUAGUAGUGACCCUGACUUUACUUUGAAUCCUGGAUCCAAAAGGUGUACUCAUGGGCUUUUAAGACCUUUUUUUUGAAAGAGAAAGGGUUGGCCAGUGGAUCUCCUCGGUGUAUUACAAAUGACCUUGGAAGAUCCCCUGGGUUUUGAACAGCAUGUGGGCCUGACUGUGCAAUGCGUAAGGGUACGAAGAGGUGUGUGGUGUGCUUAAUCAGCCCAUCUAAUACAGCCUCCCUUGAGCUGGUGUCCUCCAGUCACACAGGACUAGAGCUCCCACUAUCCCCAGCCAGCGUGGAUGUGGCUGGGGAGUGAGUGAUGGGAGCUGCAGUCCAAUAUAUAGGGAAGGGGCCAGGUUGGAGAAGCCUGUGGCAAGGGCGCAAAUGCAACGGGAGAUUCUCUUGCGUAGGUUUUCCUGCAUGCCCGGACUUAGUGGCUUCCCCCAUCCACUCACUGAGGCGCGUGCAAGAGAAUUUUCUGGUGCAUUUAGCGAUGUGUUUCCACACAAUUGCAUUCAUUUUGUGUUAACACAGGUGAUCUUCCAAACUUCUGUCUCUCUGGAUCAUGUAAUAAAGCUUUAGCUCCUGAACCCAUGGAUAUCGAGUUUGGUGGCUACUCAUUGCUGAGUAACUAGGGAGGCAGGGCAGGGGUCUGUCUGUGUAAGGGGCUGACUUCUGUAUACAGUCACCUAAAUUACAUUGUCAUGUCUAAGACAAAAUUGUGCACAGUGGCUACCACAAAUGUAAGUGUCCCUACAUAACUGUGCUAUAUAUAGUGCUGUUGUUGUUAGUCACGAAGUCGUAUCCGACCCAUCGCAACCCCAUGGACAACAUUCCUCCAGGCCUUCCUGUCCUCCACCAUCCCCUGGAAUCCACUUAAG